AAUUGACACACAAUGAGGAGUCGGGAGCAGCCGCUCAAAAGCCUUCUGUAAAUAAACAGGACCUUCGUCAGGCCGGUGAACUAUGGAGAAUCAGUGCACGGUUCAGGUAAAGCUUGAGCUGGGACACAGAGCUCAGCUGAGGAAGAAAGUGACCUCUGAGGGCUUCACCCACGACUGGAUGGUGUUUGUGCGAGGCCCUGAAGGCAGCGACAUUCAGCACUUUGUGGAUAAAGUGGUCUUCCGGCUGCACGAGAGCUUUCCAAAACCCAAGAGAGUGUGUAAAGAGCCCCAAUACAAGGUUGAGGAGUCGGGUUAUGCUGGCUUUCUCAUGCCCAUAGAGGUCUACUUCAAAAACAAGGAGGAACCAAAGAAGGUGUGCUUCAAUUACGACCUGUUCCUCAACCUGGAGGGGAACCCACCUGUCAAUCACCUGCGCUGCGAGAAACUCACCUUCAACAACCCUACGCGUGACUUCCGUCGAAAGCUUGUCAAAGCAGGAGGGCUCAUCGUGGUCCCAGAGGGAGCAGAGGUGGUCCCAAGACCCAGCCCAGAUUACCCUAUGCUUCCAACCAUUCCACUCUCUGCCUUUUCAGACCCGAAGAAGAGCAAGACCUCACAGGGAUCAAAGGAGCCCAGUAAAGAAGGCAGCAAAGUGUCCAAAUCUCACAAAAUGGCCAAGGAGCAUCGAGAGCGGCCGCGAAAAGACUCUGAGAGCAAAGCUACAUCUAAAGGAGAUUCUGAGCGGGACGGGAGCAGCAAAACCAGCCGCGACCCUUCAUCAUCCUCAUCCUCGUCUUCCAAGAAAACUGAAAUCAAAGUGAAAGAUGACAACAAAGUCCUGCCCAAAGCUGCUUUCAAGGAGCCCAAACUCACGCUGAAGGAGUCCAAAAUGGAAAGCAUGUCUCCUAAAGGAGGAGGUGCAGGAGUGGCGGGUGGAGGAGGAGGAGGAGGAGCAGCCGAUGGAAAAGCACCCAGCAAACGACCCUCUAAUGCAGAGUCUCCCAAACCGAGUGCGAAAAAGCCAAAAAAGGGGAGUUCAGAGGGGUCGAAGGGCUCUGGCAGUGGGGGCUUCACUGGCGCCUCCCCUCGCACCGCGUCUUCCUCCAACACCUCCUCAGGAUAUGCGGAAAAGAAGACCUCGAAGGAGAAGGGCCGCUGGGCCAAGGGGAAGUCAGAGGCACAGGAGGUCAAGGAGACCAAGAAGCCUCCAGAAUCAGACGAUUCCAACUCUGAUGAUGAGGCCUCGUCCAAAUCUGAGCAGUCGGCACCUUCCAGCCCAUCUAACUCCAGCUCUAGCUCAGAGUCCAGCUCCGAUUCAGACUUUGAACCUGAGCAGAAACAAGGCCAAGGGCCGCUGCAAUCGAUGUUGGAGGACCUGCAGUCGGAGGAGUCUGACGAUGACGACAGCAGCUCAGACGAAGAGACGCCAGUCAAGAACAACCUGCCCAGUCGAGACUCCAGGCUGAGUGUGGACAGUGAGAGCGACUGCAGUGACGGGCCACAGCGGCCUAGUCGAGACGCUCCACCUCAGCUGCCAAAACACAGCUCCACCAACAACAAGGUGUCAGGCAGAAAGAGUCCAGAUCCUUGUUUACGUCAAGAGAAGGUGCUGAAGAAGGGAUACGACAAGGUAGGAAGGGCGUACACAGACGAGCUGGUAGAGCUUCAUCGCAGGCUAAUGGCUUUACGAGAGCGUAACGUUCUUCAGCAGAUCGUCAACCUCAUCGAAGAGACCGGCCACUUCAACGUCACCAACACAACUUUUGACUUUGACCUUUUCUCACUGGACGAGUCGACCGUCCGAAAACUACAGAGCUACCUGGAGGCCACCACCACAUGACAGGACGUCCCAACCAGGCUGCCCUUUUUUUCCUGUAAAUGAAAAGGAGUGAAAUCGACAGUAUUUUGAGGAGGACGUACGGCUAUGUGAGGUCUGGACUGCAAACCAACACUACAACACUUAAACUCUCUCUCCUCCUCAACAUCCUGUUCUCUUCGUAACGGGGCCAGAACUGCGUCUUUGAAUCAGCCGGAAAACAAAAGCGUCUCUCUGUAGCCAUAACGCACUGAUGCAUCAAGGGUUGCGACUUUUAUAUUUUAUUUUUCUACCAAGGUUUUUUCAAGGUAUUUUUGAUUGAUUGUGAUCUGAAAAGAAAAAAAAGGAAGCCCCGCACGCCAUGAAUGUAUCGCUUUUUAUCCUCUAGGGCUAGUCUUAGUGCCUUUUUCACACUUCAUCUCAUUCGUGCUCUUAGGAACUACAGCAGUGUUAUCUUUCACUCCCACUUUCUGUACGCGAGGGACGUUUCCCCCGGUUUGUUCGCCAGUUAUGUAUCAAUCCUCAUUUUAUGUGUUUGCCAAACGGGCCUUAGAACUUAAAUGUCGUGCAUUGCUAGUGCAGCUUGUGAAAGUAUUUGGAAAAAACGUGUUGAUCUCUGUGUUUUCUGUCAUCAUAUCUGGUUCGGCUAAGCAGGAGAGGUGAAAGAAAAGGAGAAGGCGAGCUCUUUCUUCUCGGCGGUCUGUAGAUUCACUGUGCUUCUGACUCUCUUUCUCUCGAAGCGGCGUCACUCGGCUUCACCUCUGCGCCCUGUCUGUCCAUUCGUAUGCUAAUAGCUUUAAGAGGCUCCGUGGCCUGAGCUGCAGACCACAUGCCCUUAACUUCACCCUGCCCGCAGUCUGGGAGCGAGUGUUCAAUCUCCAAACGAUUCGUCUGAAUCCUAGCAAACAAAAAGGUUUGUGCUGGUGUGUGGUUUUUCAUUGGUAGAAUGAUUGAGUGUUGUGUUGGUGAACUCUGAACUCCUGGCCGGCUCUUGGUUUCUGAACUUUAACCUAUGACCGGAUGGUGAUUCAGGUCGGCCUGUCAUCUAAAGGGGCGGGGCUUGAGGCUUAGAGGGUGGAGUUGGGCGAACUUGAAUGGCAGCUCUGAAAAGACGCCCCACUGAGCACACACACACAUUUUUUUUUUAAAUAUUAUUUAAGGGGGUUAUUUUUUAUUUAUGUACCUCUGCACUUUUGGCUUUGUUGACUCAAGUACUUAAUUCUCUAAACUGUAUUUUAAAGAAUUUUAUACAAUACUUACAUGCAAUAUAUUAAUUUCUUUUGUGUCAAGAAUUGCCAGGUUUUUUUUUUAUUUUUAUUUUUUAGAUGUUAUUUUUUCUCUGUAUCAGCACAUUAUAUCAUAAAUGACUGUAAACAUGACCUUGAGAACUUGAAACUGUUACUUCAGCCCAACUCAUGGCAGGGUGUGUUUGUACAGGCAUGAAAAAGAUGAAGAGACUAGUUGACAGUUCUCAGUUUCUCUUGAUUUAUUAGGUAUUAAAAUGGUAAUAUUUGUUUCGUUCUGUUAAAGGUGUGAUAAAAUUUCUCCAGAAUAAAAUUAUGUCGUUUAGAUCAGUGUUUCUCAACCAUGUUCGUGUAGCACCACCAGCUCUGCACUUUUUUCAGGUCUCCUUAACUAAACACACCUGAUUUAUAUCUGCUCAUUAGCAGAGACUGUAAGAGUUGUAAUGGGUAUGACAGACAAAGGAGGCAUCUAAAACGUGCAGUGUUGGUGGUCCACCAGGAACAUGGUUGAGAAACAGAUUUAGAGCAUGUUUCUUCCAGAAAAUGGCAUAUUGUCAGAAUAGCAAAUGCUUUAUUGGGCUAUUCCACGAAAUAUUGAUCUCUUAAUAGUUCUGAAGUUAAAGCAUUGAUACUUUUUUUGUUUAAAAACGAAUAUAAACAUCCUGGAUAUAAAAACAUGCCACAUUUUUUGCUUUAACUAGUUGUCAUUUCAUUUAAACAACAUAAAAACAAAUGCUCUAAAUUAGAUUUUAUUUAUUUAAUAUUUGGAUGAAAUGUCAAAAAUAAAUCAAGGGAGGCUGAGAAUUUUCAAGUGUUUUUUUUUCUCCAAAGCUGUAACGUUAAAGUUGAAUUUCUGCAUCAAGCAUCUGUUAAGUUGUAGCCUCGUUAUACACAUUCACUACAAAAGGAGGACUGCAAAUCUGUGAAACAAACAAUUUAAUAGUUAUAAGGUGUUUGAUUUGAAUCAAGCUUGCUGGUCUAAUUGGGAAAGUUCACUCAGAAAUAAACAUUUACUCAACUGUCAAGUAGUUCCAAACUUUUAAGGUCUUUUUCAAGAACAUAUCUUGAAGAAUCUUGUAAAAUGUUAGCAAUUGACAUCCAUAAUAAGCAUAGAAUUCAACCUGAAUUAUUGGAGGGCCUCAGUUUUGCUCCAAACCUAAUCAAACACAGCUGAUCCAAAUAAUCGAGGUGUUCAAAAGAGUCUUGAACAUCUCUAUUAGUUGCAUUAGCUGUGUUUGAUUAGGGUUGGAGCAAAACUGUGCAGAUCUGCGGCCAUCCAGAAAUUCCAGGAACACAGGUUUGAGACCUGGGAAAGGGAAAAAAUACUAUGGAAGUCAAUGGCUACCAGUUUUCCAACAUUCUUCAAAAUAUAUCCUUUGUGAAACAAACUCAAACAGGUUUGGAACAAGUGAAAAUUGAGUAGAUGAUGACAAAUGGUCCGUUUUUUUCAUGAUUAUUUCCCUCAACGGUGUUUCUGAGCACUUGUUAUUUGGUUAAUUUGCUAAGAGCAGCUAGUUUAAGCAGUAACGCGGCAAAGUAACACUAACAGAGGGGCAAAUAAUUUUGUACACGGUGUGAGUCUUGCCUACAAGAGCUGGAGGAUUCAUUCUUUCAUUUAAUCGACGGUAAAUACUGCAUCAUAUUUACACUUGGCUUGCAGGUGCAGAGAGCUGUGUUUUGUCAGUCAGUGGUGGUUUUAUUUGUGUUCGUGAGCGCGGAAGGACUUGCUGUAUUUAUCCGUGGUUUUCGGGGAGGUUUGGGUUUUGUACGUAUGUUCUGGUAACCUUCCGCGGUCUGAACAGAGGAGUUACCUUUAGUAUGACGUGUUAAACUUGGCAUACAGUGCCACCAUGUGGUCAUUCGAUGCAAGUUGUAAUAAGGGCAAAAGAUGUUACUUUUUAUGUUUUUAUUGCAAAAUCACAUUAUGAUGAAUAAAGUCAUUUGAGUACUGUU